GCUCGUCUCUGCUGCGCCGCUCAGAAGAAACUUGUGCGGUUGAAACUUUGACAAGCAUCAUUAAAUGUGUGCCACAUAGCAGGACACAUUUUAAAGUAUAUGCUGCUCAAGAACUCACCCAAUGUCUGACGAAGGAGAGGAAACCGACAGCGGCGAGAGAGCCCACCUCUCCGAGUCUCCCUCCCCGCCUCUGUCUGUCUAUCCUCCCGGAGGAUCUCCUCCCUCAUCGCGGCCCCUGGACAUCUUUUCCUCCGCCUCUCCGCUGCUGGGGGACACAGACCCGCCUUACCUCGCCACUCCGGAGUGCGUCCACGCGCCUCCAGAGAACCGGGAGCUCGGGUUCUCCCCGCACUUCACACCGCCAAAGUUCUGCCAGAGCACCGGGGACAUUGGCUCUCCGUUAUGCUCGCGGCCGGAUGUGCGGAUAGAUGCGGUGUACGACCACCGCGAUGACCCGUUCCCCAAGUGGAGAGGACGAGGAGCGGCGAACGCUGAGCGCUUUCAGCACCGCGGACAGAGGCUCCACCGGGCUCCGGAGCUCUCAGACCACGGGAACCACUUCUCUGCUGAGCACAUCGACACCGGGUUCAACUCCGAAACCAGGCAAACGGUGGAGGCCAUGCAUCGCCGGCACACCACACUGAGAGAGAAGGGGCGUCGCCAGGCAGUGCGGGGCCCGGCCUAUAUGUUCAAUGAACGCGGCUCGGCACUAACACCAGAGGAGGAACGUUUUCUGGAUGCUGCUGAAUACGGAAACAUCCCUGUGGUUCGCAAAAUGCUGGAAGAGUCCAAAACCCUCAACUUCAACUGUGUGGACUACAUGGGCCAGAAUGCUUUGCAGCUGGCAGUGGGCAACGAGCACCUAGAAGUGACAGAGCUGCUUCUAAAGAAGGAUGGUUUGGCCAGGAUUGGGGACGGCCUGCUUUUGGCUAUCUCAAAGGGUUACGUCCGAAUCGUUGAAGCCAUUCUUGCCCAUCCCGCUUUUGGCGGAGGUCUCAGAUUGACUUUGAGCCCUCUGGAGCAGGAGAUGCGUGAUGAUGACUUUUACGCCUAUGACGAGGAUGGAACACGUUUUUCACAUGACGUCACGCCCAUCAUCCUGGCUGCUCACUGCCUGGAGUACGAGAUCGUGCACAUCCUUUUGACGAAGGGGGCCCGCAUAGAAAGACCCCAUGACUACUUCUGUAAGUGUUCGGAGUGUGUGGAGAAACAGAAGAAAGACUCGUUCAGUCACUCACGCUCCAGGAUGAAUGCAUAUAAGGGCCUGGCCAGUGCAGCUUACCUGUCGCUCAGCAGCGAAGACCCUGUGCUGACUGCCCUUGAGCUCAGCAAUGAGCUGGCAAGACUGGCCAACAUCGAGACAGAGUUUAAGAAUGACUACCGUAAGCUGUCCAUGCAGUGUAAGGAUUUUGUGGUGGGUGUGUUGGACCUUUGUCGGAACACAGAGGAAGUGGAGGCCAUACUGAACGGCGACGUGGAUCAGUGCUCUCCAAGCCCCUACAACCGACCCUGCCUCAGCCGUGUCAUACUGGCCAUCAAGUACGAAGUCAAGAAGUUCGUUGCUCACCCCAACUGUCAACAGCAGCUGCUGACUAUCUGGUACGAGAACCUGCCUGGUCUGAGGCAGCAGUCUAUCGGGGUGAAGUGCUGGACGGUGCUGGGGGUCACCAUCGGUCUGCCCUUCCUGGCUAUCUCCUACUGGAUAAUGCCAUGUAGCAAGCUCGGUCAGAUCCUGCGAAGCCCCUUCAUGAAGUUCGUGGCUCACGCUGUCUCCUUCACCAUCUUCUUGGGUCUGCUGGUCGUCAAUGCCUCUGACCGCUUUGAGGGUGUCAAGAACCUGCCCAACGAGACCAUCACAGACCACCCGCGACAAGUGUUCAGGGUCAAGACCACCCAGUUCUCCUGGACUGAGAUGUUGAUCAUGAAGUGGGUGUUGGGUAUGAUUUGGUCAGAGUGUAAGGAGAUCUGGACCGACGGGCCGCGAGAGUACAUCAUGCACUUGUGGAACGUUCUGGACUUUGGCAUGCUGUCCAUCUUCGUGGCUUCAUUCACGGCACGCUUCAUGGCGUUCCUCAAGGCGUCCAAAGCCCAGCAGUACGUGGACAUGCACGUUCCAGACGAAGACCUCAGUAACGCCUCACUGCCUGAUGAAAUCGCCUACUUCACAUUCGCCAGGAACAAGUGGCGCCCCUCAGACCCCCAGAUCAUCUCAGAAGGCCUGUACGCCAUCGCUGUGGUGCUGAGCUUCUCGCGCAUCGCUUACAUCCUGCCAGCCAAUGAGAGCUUUGGCCCGCUGCAGAUCUCACUGGGGCGCACGGUCAAGGAUAUCUUCAAGUUCAUGGUCAUCUUCAUCAUGGUGUUUGUGGCCUUCAUGAUCGGCAUGUUCAACCUGUACUCGUACUACCUGGGAGCCAAGUACAAUCCUGCCUUCACAACAGUGGAGGAGAGUUUCAAGACUCUCUUCUGGUCCAUCUUCGGGCUGUCUGAAGUGAUCUCUGUGGUGCUGAAGUACGACCAUAAGUUCAUAGAGAACAUCGGCUACGUGCUGUACGGAGUCUAUAAUGUGACGAUGGUGGUCGUCCUUCUCAACAUGCUCAUCGCUAUGAUCAACAGCUCGUACCAGGAGAUAGAGGAGGAUGCCGACGUCGAGUGGAAGUUUGCCCGAGCCAAGCUGUGGCUCUCCUACUUUGACGAGGGCCGCACCCUGCCCGCCCCCUUCAACCUGGUUCCCAGCCCAAAGUCCUUCUACUACCUUGUCCUCCGCAUUAAGUCCUGCCUGAUACGCCUCUGCAAGGCCAACAGCCGUCGCCAUAACAACGAGCUGGAGCUGGGCAUGCUCAACUCACAGGCCAAGGAUGAACGCCACAGGACUUAUACACGCCCAGGAGAGGAGUUCAUCCCCAAAAAGUCUAGGAAACACCCGACCAGAUACCAGAAAAUCAUGAAGCGCCUCAUCAAGCGGUAUGUGCUGAAGGCUCAAGUGGACAGAGAGAGCGAUGAAGUCAAUGAAGGCGAGCUGAAGGAGAUAAAGCAAGACAUUUCCAGUCUCCGCUAUGAGCUCCUAGAAGAGAAGUCCCAGGCCGCUGGAGAACUGGCUCUGCUCAUCCAACAACUUGGCGACAAGUUUGGCAAGAACACCAUGAGACACUGACAGGACUCACAAGAAGGAGAGAGAGGGAGAAGGAGGGAGGGAGGAAGAUGUGAAAGGGGGGUGAAGUCAGGAGGUGGGGGCAGAGGGCAGGGUAUUUUUAAGACCUUGAUAGGGGAAGAGGGAGAAAAAAAGGAGGGGAAGGAGGAUGUUUACGGGAUAAAAAGGGAAGAAAGGGGAAGAAAAGCUUGAGAGAAACAAACUGGGCACAGAGUUGCUAACUUAAAGCAAAAGGCAAGUGUUUUGUAUAUGCAAUGACCAAUUAGGGAGGAAUGUGAAAGGAAGAUAGCUAUGACUGCAGGAUCAAAGGGUUAGAGGUGAAGUAAACUCAGUCAGAGGGGGUUUGUCUUGACAGUUGAAUUCUAAUUAAAGGCGAUGUCUUGCGGGAGUGAGAGAGGAAGACAGAGUCUUGCAGGUUGGGUGAGAAAAAGAGGGAGACGAAUGAGGAGGAGAGCACAAGCGCCAUGAGAUACAAAGAGGCACCACAGGGCAGAAGACCGAGGCAGUGCAAUGAUGAGGGCCCCCACAUCCGCUGCCAAGAGCUAUCAGUGCAUCACCAACUCGGAGGAGAGAGAAAGAGGGAAGCCCAGAGAAGGGAUGACACAGAGAAAGAGUGCUGGAGGGUGAAGGGGGGGACAAGAAAGAAGGAUAUCUGAAAAGAACUGCCACUGUUAUGUUACACCAGAAAGGCAGGCUUUGCUUCUAUGUCUUCACUUUGUCAGGACGAGCAUAGUGUCGCCUGUCGAGAUGGUGUACACCCCUUUAUACACCUUUAUACACCAGGCUAUCUAAUUAAUGCAUUUCCAUCCACAACGCACAACUAAUGAUCAGGAGUCAGAUGACUCAGGAAAAAGCGGUGAAACAAUGUAGGAUUUAUGCACUCAUAGCUCCCUCCGAAAAUGUAACAUUAUUUGUUCUAUGUCGGUCAGAGACCUUUGUAUGUCCACAUAACACACGUGUUGUAUAGAUAUUUAUUACUGCAGCUCCAUGUGAACUGUCUCAGAGAAAUGUUAUGUUAGUAGAAAGUGACUUGGUAGAAUAAAAAAAAAGGAAAAAGAGGUGAUAACGUUUCCUCAGACAGCAUGUCUUUUUCACUCAGAAUUAUUUAAAACACAAUAUACUAAGUAAGCACAUGCUACCAGGAAGCAUGGGUAACCUAUGAAUAGCAAAUGCAGACAGAAUAUAGAGAAACAAAAACAUUUCACAUGAUACCUCUCCCAUUUUGUUUAAAGCCAAGGUCACACGCGUAUUUGAAUAACUUCAAGCCAAUAAAAAUGUUUAAUAUGACCUAGAAAACUGUUGUGGAUGUUCUCCUUUUUAUUGUGCCUUCGCAGCACAAAGUGUCUCUGUUUUUUAAAAUAGUAACCAAAAAGCGACAUGACCUCCGGCAGUUGUGUUUACAGCUGUAAAAAGCAGGAGGUCAGUGCUUAUGAAGAGCACAGGCAGAUAGAAAAACUUCGUCUGAUCGCUUUAGGGCAACCAGACGUUUGUGAAAUGAGAAAAUGUGGGAGAUAUAGAGUUAUGGGAUUUAAGACUUCUGGAACAACAGUGCAAUCAUUUGGCUGUAAAACACUGGGAUUGUGCUGCAGAAGCUGUGUGAAGUAAUUUUAUGGUCUUGUUUUUCUUUUGGAGACUUAUUUGACGCACCACUGCACUAGCUAACCGGCUGUGUUAGAUUUCACCAGUGAUUCAACUGACAUGGGAAUAAGCGGUUAAUAGUUGAACAGUUGGUUUAACUGAAAUAGUACAGCCCAGGCACCAGAAUAAAAUUUUUCACAUUGUACCAUUCUGCAAACUGGCUAUGUAACAUUUAUACGUUUUUUUAACAACAGUUUGGGACAUGUCCAGCCGAGUUUGUUGCAACAAAAGUGGGUGUUAUUAACAACAAUUCAGGAUACGUCCAGCUGUGUUUGUAGUGCCAAAAGCAGGCGUUGUUAACAAUGCGAGACAUUUCCAGCUGUGUUUGUAGCGACAAAAGCGGGCGUUUUUUAAGAACAGUUCAGGACAUGUCCAGCCAUGUUUGUAGUGACAGAAGCAGACAUUAACAACAAUUUGAGACAUUUCCAGCUGUGUUUGUAGCAACAACAGAGGGCAUUUUUAUCAACAGUUUGGGACAUGUCCAGUCGUAUUUGUAGUGACAAAGCUGUGUCUGUGGCGACAAAAGUGGGUGUUUUUAAUGACACUUCAGGACAUGUCCAGCCGUGUUUGUAGCAACAGAAGCAGACGUUAACAAUGUGAGACAUUUCCAGCUGUGUUUGUAGCAACAAAAGCGGACAUUUUUAAUGACAGUUUGAGACAUGUCAAGCCGUGUUUGUAGCAGCAAAAGCAGGUGUUUUUAAAGACUAUUUGGGACAUUUCCAGCCGUGUUUGUAGCGCUAGAAAUGUUUUUUUGACGACAGUUUGGGACAUGUCCAGCCAUGUUUGUAGUGGCAAAAGUGGGCCUUUUUUAACUAUAGUCUGGGACAUGUCCAGACAUGCAUGUGGCGAUAAAAGUGAGCAUUUUUUAAUGACAGUUUGGGAGAUGUCCACCCAACAUUUCCAGCUGUAGUUGUCGCAAUAAAAGCGGGCUUGUUUUAACUGCAGUUUGGGACAUGUCCAGCUGUGUUUGUAGCAACAAAAGCAGCAGUUUUUUUAACAACAGUUCAGAACACUUCCAGAAGUGUUUGUAAAGACAAAAGCAGGUGUUUUUGACAACAGUUUAGGAAACUUCCACCUGUGUUUGUUGCCACAAAAGUGGGUGUGUACAAUGUGAAUUUGAGACAUUUCCAGCCAUAUUUGUCAUGACAAAUGCGGGUGUGUUGUAACUGCAGUUUGGGACAUGUCCACCCAUGUUUGUAGCAACAAAAGUGAGUGUUUUUUAAUGAUCAAUUAGGACAUUUCCAGAUAUGUUUGAAGCAACAAAAAAAAACAGUUUGGGACAUAUCCAGCCAUGUUAGUGGUAACCAAACCGGGUAUUUCAAGCCAAAACAUAUUUUCCUAACCCUAACCAAGUUGUGUCUCCUAACCACAAGAUAACCACAGUGUUACAACAUAACAUUUAAAUUUGAGACUUGAGAAAACAAACUUUUUCAACAUAUCCGCUACAUAUGAAAUGUACAAAUGUAACAUAUCCAUGGUUUGCAGAA